CAUUUGCGUGAGAUACUACGUAAAAAUAGGCGCAUGUCAAGUUAUGAUAGACAAAAGCUUCACACUGAAACCUUUCCUGAUUGGUUUAAAUUUCAAGUAAAUGAAAUGGCAAACACAAAUACUGAAAUUGUAGACCAGGAUAUUCCAUUUUUAGCUGCUGGGCCAAGUAAAUGGGCUCGUCGUUACACAGGGUAUAUUGUAAAUGGACUGCGUUUUCAUACUAAGAAACGGGAGAUGAGAAGAAAAACCCAAAAUAGUGGAAUUUUCUUGAAUGCUACUACCAAUAGUUUCUCGAGUAGUAAGGAUAAGAAUCCAAUAUCAGGGGACGUGUCAUUUUAUGGUGUUUUGAAGGAUAUAAUAGAAGUGAGGUACACCAAUAACUUGAAAUUUGUACUGUUCAAGUGUGAUUGGGUUGACUAUAAUUUAGGAUUGAAACGUGAUGAGUUUAAUUUCACUUUGGUCAACUUUUCUCACUUACUAUAUAGAGGAAAUAGGAAAAUAGAUGAGCCAUUUAUUUUGGCAUCUCAAGCUCAGCAAGCAUGGUAUAUUCAAGAUCCUGUUGAUCCAGAUUGGCAUGUAGCUUUGAAGAUGACUCCUAGAGCUGUAUUCAAUGUUGAUCCAGAGGUUAAUGAAUUUGAAAGCACUGAGGAUGACCAUAUUUCUUGUCAACAAAAUGAACCAGAUAUUAACAACGAAAAUAUAUCAUGGACUGGAGCAGAUGUUGAUGGUGUGAUAGUUGUUGAUGCUAUUGGUGAAGAUAAUAUUGAUAAUUUCGAUGAUGAAGUUGAUGAAGCUGAAUACUUUUCUAGUGAUAAAUCUGAUUCCAAUGAUGAUGACGAUUUUUUUGAAGAUAUUAUACAAUCAGAUGAGAAUUUAACAGAUAAGGAUGACUGACUGCAUCAAACAGCCUGUGGCACACCAAAUUAUGUAGCACCCAUGGUACUUGGGUUACAGGUUCACAUAUGUUCUAUAUAAUUUUGAGGGUCUAGUUGAUCUUUGUUUCCUUUCGUCUAGCACCUGGUCUUCCUGCUGCUGGUGCUUUGGCUGUUGGUUUUGGAGAUUUGGACGUUGGGGGGUGGUCUGGCUGCUUGUUUUGGCUGUCGGGUUCUUGCUGCUCGUUGUUUCGUCCGGACUUGCUGGCGUGCGUCUCUGGCUGUUGGAGGGUGGAGUUGCAUACAAGGUUGGGUGUUGUGUUUUUGGCGGCGGCCGUCUUCUUCACGGCGAUGGAUGACUUUAGUGUUCGACACCCUUUGCUUCAUGUUGGUUUGUUUUCUCUUUUCGUGGUUUUUUUUUUUCUCUUUUUUAUGUUUUUCUAGUCCGUCUCGGGUGGUUUUGA